GGAGGCCCCGCGGCCCGAGCGAGCGCCCGCGGCCCGGCCCGGCCCCUCCCCUACGCUGCCCUACGCCCCCCGCGCCCCUGCGCGCCCUGCGCCGCGGCCCGCUCGGCCCGAGCAUGGAGACGGCGGAGAAGGAGUGCGGCGCCCUGGGCGGGCUCUUCCAGGCCAUCGUCAACGACAUGAAGAGCUCCUACCCCAUCUGGGAGGACUUCAACUCUAAGGCCACAAAGCUACAUUCCCAGUUGAGGACCACUGUGCUGGCUGCUGUGGCCUUCCUGGAUGCCUUCCAGAAAGUGGCUGACAUGGCCACCAACACCCGAGGGGCCACACGGGACAUCGGCUCAGCGCUCACGCGCAUGUGCAUGCGCCACCGCAGUAUCGAGACCAAGCUGCGGCAGUUCACCAAUGCACUGCUGGAGAGCCUCAUCAACCCGCUGCAGGAGCGCAUCGAGGACUGGAAAAAGUCAGCCAACCAGCUGGACAAGGACCACGCGAAAGAGUACAAACGAGCCCGGCAUGAGAUCAAGAAGAAGUCAUCGGACACUCUGAAGCUGCAGAAGAAAGCACGCAAAGGGAAAGGAGACCUGCAGCCCCAGCUGGACAGUGCCCUGCAGGACGUCAAUGACAUGUACCUACUGCUGGAGGAGACAGAGAAGCAGGCAGUGCGCCGGGCCCUGAUUGAGGAACGAGGCCGCUUCUGCACCUUCAUCACCUUCCUGCAGCCUGUGGUGAAUGGCGAGCUGACCAUGCUGGGAGAGAUCACCCACCUGCAGGGCAUCAUUGACGACCUGGUGGUGCUGACUGCGGAACCCCACAAGCUGCCUCCCGCCAGUGAGCAGGUGAUCAAAGACCUAAAGGGCUCAGACUACAGCUGGUCCUACCAAACCCCUCCCUCAUCACCCAGCAGCUCCAGCUCCCGGAAGUCCAGCAUGUGCAGCGCCCCCAGCAGCAGUAGCAGUGCCAAGGGUGGCGGAGCCCCAUGGCCUGGGGGUGCCCAAACAUACUCACCCAGUUCCACCUGUCGCUACCGCAGCCUGGCGCAGCCAGCCACCGCCACCACCCGCCUCUCCAGCGUCUCCUCACACGACUCUGGCUUCGUCUCGCAGGAUGCCACCUACUCCAAGCCCCCCUCGCCCAUGCCUUCAGACAUCACCAGCCAGAAGUCCUCCAGCUCGGCGUCCUCUGAGGCUUCCGAAACCUGCCAGUCUGUUAGCGAGUGCAGCUCCCCCACCUCGGACUGGACCAAGACUGGCCCCCACGAGCAACCCUCAGGCACCACCCUGCAGCGGCGGAAGGACCGAGUGGAGCUCCUUCGAGAUGCAGAGCCAGGGCCGGCUAGUGUAGGCCCCCUGGGCCCCAGCGGGGAGGAGGCACCACGACCCCGGAUGUCCCCUGCCACCAUCGCAGCCAAGCACGGUGAGGAGGUGUCCCCCGCAGCCAGCGACCUGGCCAUGGUGCUGACCCGCGGCCUGAGCCUGGAGCACCAGAAGAGCAGCCGGGACUCACUGCAGUACUCCAGCGGCUACAGCACACAGACCACCACGCCGUCAUGCUCCGAGGACACCAUCCCCUCCCAAGGCUCUGACUAUGACUGCUAUUCCGUCAACGGCGAUGCAGACAGCGAGGGCCCCCAGGAGUUUGACAAGUCGUCCACCAUUCCACGAAACAGCAACAUCGCCCAGAACUACCGCCGCCUCAUCCAGACCAAGCGCCCAGCCUCCACUGCCGGGCUGCCCACCGCAGGGCUGCCCACCGCCACUGGCCUGCCUUCGGGUGCACCCCCUGGUGUGGCCACCAUCCGACGCACGCCCUCCACCAAGCCCACAGUGCGCCGCGCCCUGUCCAGCGCCGGUCCCAUCCCCAUCCGGCCACCCAUCGUCCCUGUGAAGACGCCCACCGUGCCCGACUCCCCUGGAUACGUGGGGCCCACGCGGGCGGGCAGUGAGGAGUGCGUCUUCUACACAGACGAGGCCGCCUCGCCCCUGGCCCCGGACCUCGCCAAGGCCUCCCCUAAAAGGCUGAGCCUGCCCAACACAGCCUGGGGCAGCCCAUCCCCCGAGACGGCCGGCUACCCUGGGGCGGGAGCCAGGCUGGCAGUGGAGGACGAGGAGGAGCAGCAGCUGGCCGCCAACAGGCACAGCCUGGUGGAGAAGCUCGGGGAGCUGGUGGCCGGGGCCCAUGCGCUGGGCGAGGGCCAGUUCCCCUUCCCCACCGCCCUGUCAGCCACCCCCACCGAGGUGACACCCACCCCACCCCCUGCGGCCACCAGCGACCCCCCAGCCGAAGACAUGCUGGUGGCCAUCCGGCGCGGGGUCCGCCUCCGCAGGACCGUCACCAACGACAGGUCGGCGCCCCGCAUCUUAUGAUAGUGCCAACCUCCCCACCCUGCAUGGCCCUGGUGCAAGCAGGUGGCCUUGGUCUGUGAUCAGCAGCCACGUGGAGCAAGGGUACAGCCAGAGCGAGAGCAGCACCAGGGACAAGGCAAAGCCACUUUACAGAAAAACACCGGCUGGGUCUCGGUCUCAGCGCUUACAGGAAGUGACUCUCAGCCCUCGCCAGGACGGAGCCCGCAGGCCUGGAGCUGGGUCGGGAGCUGGUUUUAUACUUUCCUUGCCUACUCUGUUCCUCUCUUCCUCUCUGCAGGCCCCGCCUUUUCCAAACCCCAGCAAGUCCGCAAGGGCCUGGCCAGCCUCCCUCUUGCCAUCCUGGCCCCACGUGGCCUGGGGUCCAUAACUCAGCUCCCCUGGCCCACUGCUCCCUGGGGUCACAGUGCCCGGCUCUGCCUUGAAUGCUCCCCGUGCCUGUGUCCCUUCCCCUCCCUUCACCACCUCUCUGCCUCUCCCUGGGCUCUUUCCACCUCCGGGACAGGGUAGUCAUGGCAGCCAGCAGCCAGGCAGCUGAGGUAUCUAAUUGUGGUCCAGAUGAGGGGAGCAAUCGGGAGGCCAGGCCUGCCCAUGGGGAAGGGAACCCAGGUCCAAGCAGAGUCUCUGGGAGGGAACGCAUCAGGGGCCCUUGCAGGGGAUCCUAGAGGACCUUCCUGGGCCCUCGCCCAUAAGGAAUGGCUUCGGGGAGCACAGGGAAGCAGGGAAAGAGUCUAGAGGCCCGUGGAGUCACCUGGCCAGCACAUAGCUGUUUCAGAUGUCAUGUUCUCAUCUGAGCACAUUGAGACUUUAACUGGUGGCACUUUGGAGUUGCCGUUUCAGCCACCUUUGGAUUGGGGCUGGAGCCGGAGAGGAUUGGGGAGGGGGGUAUUUUAUGAGUCUAAUAAAACAGAGCUGACCCCAGAUAAGGACUUUGUAUGGGGCUAGCUGGUGGUACAGGGUGUGUGUCUUCGAGUGCCUGAGAGAUGGGGGUGACCCACAGUGGCCCAGUGGGCCUGUGGCAGGAGGAGAAGGGCAGGAUUGCCUACCCCAAAACUGGGAGAAGAUGCGUAGCUCUUCGCUCAGCCACAAGGAGGCUGUCGAGGGCAGGGCUGGGGCCAUCUCUGGGCUGCUGUGGUGUGAGCAAGCUGCAGGCCCGCAGUGGGGAGCCAGCCUGGGAAGAUCGGCUUUGACUCUCUGUCGCCAGAGGAGAUGCUAUCCCAGGUCAGUCCCCACUGCAGGCUGGGGCUGGCAGAGGGGCCAGGUGGAGGAGUGGGACACCCUCCUUCUGCAGGGCCCAGGUCAGGCCAGGUCUGAGCGGGUAAAAGCACGUGCGCCUAGGGCGAGUGGAGGGAUGCCAGGUGGUCCACGGUCAGUGGGGAGCAGCAGGGCCCGAGGGUGGCGCCCCUCUGAGGCCAGGAGAGCAGUUCGCCUUGGUCUGACUCAAGGGGAGUCGAGGCCACCUGGCCUUGCACUCCUGCUCCUGGGCAUUCUUGUGCAGGGCUGCUGGUGGAUCUGGUGACCUAGGGUGCCCCUGUGCAUGGGGAGUCCCCAUGGUGGCCCCCAGGGACUGCUAGAGACUGGUCCGUGCGGUUCUGAGAAAGCCCAGCACCUCCCUCUCCAAGCUGUAUGGACACCAGGGCCCCAGGAGUGGGGGCCAGGAGGGCAGGUAACCAGGUGGGGGUGCCCUAGAGUGGAAUUUCUGCCACAUCUAUCCCCAAGGAGUUUUCCUGGGCAGCUGCUGAAAGGGGAUGCAGGACAUGGGAGGGGACAGCGUGAGGGUCAGCAGGGUGGGCAGGCGUGGCCUCUGGGCUGAGACAGCAGGUGGGUCCUAGGGUUCCCUUCAAGGAAGAGCUCGCUGCCUCCCGGGGGCAUCACAGGGUGGCCACCUUGGCUCCUCGCCCUGAUGGGAAGGGAGGCUGCAGACCUCCCAGGGAGGGGGCAGGGUGGGGCCCACACUCCGCCCGCCCCUCCCCGCCGAGCCCCCAGCUGUACAUACUCCAUCCCCGUCCCAUGACUGUCCCUCCACCUUGUCAUUUAGUGAGCACCUCAUAAGCCUACCCCCUUGGGAUCCGAGCCAACCAUCCCACGUUACGAACUUUGGUUUGGGGGGCUUCUUUACAUUCGUUUUAUUUUUCAUUUUGUACAGAGAAAUAUUCUUUUCAAAAGCGUCUUUUGACCGAAGUAACUUUUCUGGUGCUGUUGUUAACUUGUUCCUUUUUUUAAUUUAUUUCCCCCCUCCAGACUGCCCCGCUGGCUCCCACUCACCCCUUUCCUCCCCUGACCCCGCUCCACCACACCCUCUCAUCCCAUCUGGACCAUUCUGUUUCUUUUCUUUCUGUCUGUUUUUGGAUAAAUUCUCUCCUCCUGCCCUCUUCACUCCAUCCUCCCUUGAUUUAAAUAGUCACUGCUACAGUAACAAACGCACUGUGAAGAUUCCAGUAUUAAUAAAGUUGUACUGUAAUUAACAGCCCCGCC